CAUCGCGGGCAGUGAGGGAAGUUUCCGAUCUUGAAAUCUUUAGUUUUAAACAGGCUAAAUCUCCUUUGGUAUCAUUUGUUGGUGAGGAAUCAUGUCCCCGCUGCAGUUUAUCGGCAGGUCAACAUGCAGUGGAGAAGACACAUCACUGGCCUCGCUUUUAGUAUCGUUUUCGUUGUAUCAUAUUUCACGAAUAAGUUCGUCCUGUCAGUGUUAAAAUUCACAUAUCCAACCUUAUUUCAAGGAUGGCAAACAUUUAUCGGGGCUGUCCUGCUUUUACUCUCCGGCAAGUUUGGAUGGGUGGAAAUGAGCCGCAUCACCGGAUCAGCAGCUCUUUCCUGGCUUCCAGGCUCUCUCCUGUUUGUGGGAAACAUAUACGCUGGUUCCAGGGCCUUAUCACGCAUAGACAUUCCUUUUUUCUUCACUCUUCAGAACUCCUCCCAUGUAGUUACUUACAUAAUCUUGAAGGUUGUCCACAGAGAGAAGACACAAUGGCUGACAUUUAUCAGUGUUUGCUUCAUGCUGCUCUCAGCCAUCAACCUCCCCCUCUAUGAUCCUCAGUUUGACUUCAGUGGUUACCUUUGGGCUGUUGGUCAUCUGCUCUGUGUUGGUGCAUACAGAGUGUUUCAAGUUCACUACAAAUCCAGUAAUUUGAGUGACCUUGAACAACAGUGCAUUAACUACUUGUUCAGUGUUCUGCUGUUGGCCAUCGCCGCUCACCCAACAGGAGACCUCAUGGCUGCCAUGCAGUUCCCCUCCCUUCAGUCCCACACCUUUCACUGUGGCUGCUGUGCCAGUGCUCUGCUGGGUUUCUUGUUGCUGUUGGCCACAGUCAAACUAAAGAGCGGGUUGUCCCUCGAGCACUUUGAGGUCUGGAUCUUCUUGUCUAAGAUCACUGCCAUGUCCCUCUCCCCGUUUGUUUUCUACAUGGACAUUAAUGCUCCAUCUCUUAUUUGUGUGGUCGUCAGUCACGCUGGAGAAGCCCUGCUGGUGUAUUCUCAGAGAGACUCUCAGUUGUAGCUCAACUCUCCAGAUUAACCAACAAACUCUUUUCUAGAACAUGUAUACUAUUUUUGCACAUUAUUUUUGUAAUUUCUUAUCUAUGCGCUGACAAUCUGCAGACCAAAUAAAUGAUCUUUGAGUACAUA